AUGGACACUGGUGCCACCUGGUUACUGUCAGGCGACGUUGAUGGACUGUGUAGCUCUGCCUAUUCCGGUUACCUUUACUUUAUCAAAAACAAACCCGACCAACGCCUGGUACCCCCCUGCAACUGCGUCGUAAUAGCGCAGUGUGAGGCUCACCUGAAAUUUAAGACUAGUCCAGUGGUCGUCGAAGGCCUUACGCUGCGCAGUGUGUGUCCGAUAAUAGAGAAGGUUGAGGUAAAGGCCGAGGGAGGCUCCUACGUCCUCUUCGUGGGUAGCUUUUACGACAAGACGAUCAACAGUGUCACAAGAGGCGAUUCCGAUGCUGGCGGCGCGGGUGGGGUACGCAUUACAGAGCUGGACGUGCCGCCCGUCGCGCUGGUGAAGGACGACGUUCACUUGAGAUGUGACUACGAGGACGAGGGCGGCUCCUCUCUCUAUACCCUCAAGUGGUACAAGGACGGCAGGGAGUUCUACCGCCACCAGCCAGGCAUCUCCCCACACACCGCCGACGACCGCUGCCACGACCACCACAUCUACCACGUUGACGGUGUUAACGUUGAUUGCUGGGUGUCGACGGAGCGGGAGGUGGUGCUCCGAGGGGUCUCCAGCAACACGUCGGGGGACUACCAGUGUGAGGUCAUUGGCGAACACCCCAAGUUCAGGAAGGAGGUGCGCGAGGCCCGUCUCAUUGUCUUCUCCGAGGCCCUACAGCGCCCCGUAGUGUCUGGCGUGAGGGACACCUACCACCCGAUGGACCCCGUGUUGCUCAACUGUACCUCAACCAACACUCAGUACCGGCCACUCCUCUCCUGGGUCCUCAACGGCCGCUCCGCUCCCUCCAAUUACGUGAUCAAGUAUGACCGUCGCUCUGUUGGCCUGAGAUUCCUGGCACGACCUGACCUCUUCCAGCGCGGGGUGAUCCAGGCCACCUGUAUCACCUCUCUCGGCGCACAACACAAGAGGUCAAGCGAGGUUACCCUACCCAACAGAGACUAUUUGAGUGCCCAGGAAUACUACUAUAAUGCAGGUGGGACGCGAGGUGUGAGGCAGUGUGUGGUGUGGUGGUCAGCCCUCACCUCUCUUCUCUCCCUCCUGUACUACUGACUACUGUACGACUCUCACUGCUAUUAAUGUACAGAUGUAAAUAUAUGUCUUAUGUGUA